AUAUACUUAUCUCUCUUUCUGUGAAUAUUCAGGUUAGUUUUUUCUUCCUAAUUUUGCAUUCUGAUUGGCUUUUAUUCCCUGAAUUAUAAAUGACUAUUCUAUGAUGAUUCUGGUAAAUAUUCAAUUUCACCACACAAUCUUUGACUUCAUACUAACAAACAGUUGACUUCACAUGGACAAUUUCAAUGAAGCCUGACUUCAUAUUUCGCUCCUUUAAGCUUCCUUAGGCAUCAGCAUUCUACAAUCCUCACAUUGAGAAUAUCUGUAUUUUGUUAGCUCAAACCUUGUUAGACAUGUUAAAUGUUUAGAAAUAUAAAUUUAACUUACCCCUUGAGGUAGGUCUUGAGAGGUUUGUGAGCCUAAAAAGACAUGGAGGAACCACUUAAUGCCACAAACACAUUGUUCUAAGUUAUUUGGAAUCAGUUAAUUCCUCCCCAUCUCCUAGCCAUGCCUGACACCAAAAAGGAGCCUCUAAAUUUACAGGGAAUACAAGGAAGUCUACUGUUGUCUGCUCCUCUCUGGGUUAUCAGGGCACAUGGGAGCCCUCAGUUGUUUUCUGCUGAGCAAGAGCAAAGUCCACCUUGGACUUAGACAGCUUGCCAAAUUGUUUGCCGGAAGGGGACCUGAGUUGUGACCACUCCCAGUGUGUGCCAGGAAAAGGCUUGUACUGGUGCCAGAAUCUCUUACUGUCAGUGCCCCUCUCUGGGUCCCAAAACUCACCACUUGCCCCCACCCCUUUUGCUUAAAUGACGUGGUUCUUAUCUCAGAUCCUGAUAUAAAGCUCCUACAGCUACCUGGCCUGAGAAGCCAACUCAGACUCAGCCAACAGCGAUUGUUGAUUUGCCUCUUAAGCAAGAGAUUCAUUGCAGCUCAGCAUGGCUCAGACCAGCUCAUACUUCAUGCUGAUCUCCUGCCUGAUGUUCCUGUCUCAGAGCCAAGGCCAAGAGGCCCAGACAGAGUUGCCCCAGGCCCGGAUCAGCUGCCCAGAAGGCACCAAUGCCUAUCGCUCCUAUUGCUACUACUUUAAUGAAGACCGUGAGACCUGGGUUGAUGCAGAUCUCUAUUGCCAGAACAUGAAUUCGGGCAACCUGGUGUCUGUGCUCACCCAGGCCGAGGGUGCCUUUGUGGCCUCACUGAUUAAGGAGAGUGGCACUGAUGACUUCAAUGUCUGGAUUGGCCUCCAUGACCCCAAAAAGAACCGCCGCUGGCACUGGAGCAGUGGGUCCCUGGUCUCCUACAAGUCCUGGGACAUUGGAGCCCCAAGCAGUGUUAAUCCUGGCUACUGUGUGAGCCUGACCUCAAGCACAGGAUUCCGGAAAUGGAAGGAUGUGCCUUGUGAAGACAAGUUUUCCUUUGUCUGCAAGUUCAAAAACUAGAGGCAGCUGGAAAAUACAUGUCUAGAACUGAUCCAGCAAUUACUACGGAGUCAAAAAUUAAACCGGACCAUCUCUCCAACUCAACUCAACCUGGACACUCUCUUCUCUGUUGAGUUUGCCUUGUUAAUCUUCAAUAGUUUUACCUACCCCAGUCUUUGGAACCCUGAAUAAUAAAAAUAAACAUGUUUCCACUA